GUCCGUCACUCUUUUCUUUCCGACUCCCUUUUCACUCCACUGGUGCCUAUUUUCGCUCCACGUGAGGGGAUUUCAUUUGUGGCCAACCCCUUCUGCUUUGCACAGUUUUCGGGCAAAAAUGUCGUCGACUUUCGAGCAAAUGAAGGCAAACGUGGCCAAACUCCUGCGAGGAAUCGAUCGGUACAACCCAGAAAACUUGGCCACGUUGGAGCGUUACGUGGAGACACAAGCCAGGGAAAACGCAUACGACCUGGAGGCUAACCUGGCCGUUCUCAAGCUGUAUCAGUUCAACCCAGCCUAUUUCCAGACCAACGUGACUUCCCAAAUCCUGCUCAAGGCGCUUACCAACUUGCCCCACACGGACUUCACACUCUGCAAGUGCAUGAUCGACCAGACACACCAAAAAGAGGAGCGCCCGAUCAGGCAGAUCCUCGACAUGGGAAACCUGCUGGAGACCUGUCACUUCCAGAGCUUCUGGAACACUCUGGAGGUGAAUCGGGAGCUCAUCGAUGGAAUCACAGGCUUUGAAGACUCUGUCCGCAAGUUUAUCUGCCAUGUGGUGGGCAUCACGUAUCAGACGAUAGAGCGCUGCCUACUGGCCGAAAUGCUGGGAGAACCCCCUCUGGACGGGCAGGUGAAGGUGUGGAUGAACAAAUACAACUGGACAGAGACGGAGGAUGGACAGGUCUUCAUUUUCAACCAGGAGGAGAGCGUCAAGCCCAAGAACAUUGUGGAGAAGAUUGACUUUGAAAGCGUGUCAAGCAUCAUGGCCACCUCACAGUGACACACACCACACAGUAAAGCCUGGCAAUUACACACUUUUACACAAAAUAAAAAUAAAUUAUCCUUCCACUCUUA